AUGGCUUCCGCAUCACCAUUUCCCGUUAUCGUACACCAAAUCCCCUCGGACACGCCAAAUCUCGUGGCCUAUGAAAGAGGACAUUCAUCAGCAAAGAACGCUCUUGUCUUCAUCGGAGGCUUAACAGAGGGACCCCACACCAACGCUGCCAUCGGGGUGAUUGCAGACAAAUUGGAGGGCUCUGGCUUUGGUGUGUGGGAGCUGCGGAUGCGGAGCUCCUUUACUGGGUUUGGGUUUUCCAAGCUAUCAAACGACGUGGAGGAUAUCUCUGCUUUGGUCGACUACCUCCGCAAACUCCACAAGGAGAAGAUUGUCCUGUUUGGAACAUCUACUGGCUGCCAGGACUGUCUAGAAUACACUAAUCGCGACCGGUACAAGAGCGUUCCUGUCGACGGCUACGUCCUCCUUAAUCCUGUUUCAGACCGCCAGGCAGCCGGGCUAUUGAUGUCACAAGAUGACUACGAGAAAAGCAUCAAGCAUGCGCAAGGAAUGAUUUCCGAGAGCAAACAAAACGAAGCCAUGCCGAUGUCGUUGAUUCCCUUCAUCUUCACAUCCCCUAUCACGGCAUAUAGAUGGAACUCGCUGGGAGCUAAAGGAGGCGACGAUGAUUACUUCUCUUCGGAUCUCGAUGAUGCCACCAUUCGAACGAAAUUCGGUGGCGUUGAUAAGCCAAUUCUGUUACUACCUGGCGAAAAUGACGAACUGGUUCUGCCCUCUGUCGAUAAGAAGGAGCUUUUGCGCCGCUGGGCUCAGGCCUGCCCAGAGGGUACUUUGAGCGAGCUAUCCGGUCAUGUUCCUGGAGCAGAUCAUACUCUGUCACAACCGGAAGCGAGAGAAUGGGUAGCCAAGACUGUCGGGCAGUUUCUCAAGGGCGUGUGA